GCACCCUAGUACCGGAACUGUUCCUCACGGAACGGUUUAGUCCUCGUUUGUUUUUCCGGGGAGUGUGCGUCGGUCGAAACGGCCCCUUGUUUGAUUGUGUAACGAAAUGGAAGCAGACCUGUUUGCUCUCCCGUGGGUGCCAGUGAAUAUUGGUGGUUCUGGUCUCCUGGCCAAAGCCUGGUUCGGUGACACACAGUACCGGCUUCUGCUGAGUGACCUGAACACUGUGUGGGAAGAGGACAUGACCGCAGGCGACAUCCAGAGUCGAGCCCAGGAUCUGAAUAAGCGUCUGAGGGCUCCUACACAGGCUUUUUUCUCUCAUCUGUGUUCUGUGGCACAGCCUUGUUUCUCCAGUCAAAAUGAUGAUCAGAUCUCUGCUGCACACAUUACUCUUGAACAGCAUGGUGACAAUCUAACAGUCAAACUCAAAAGUGAGCUGGCUGGGUUGCCGUUCUACUGGGAGUUUCGCUGCACCGCAGCACCUGUUGGCGUGGUGUGCAGGCAGCUGGUGCGCCCCCUGCUGGGAGUGAGUAGAGUGCUGCAGCGGCAAGUGGAGGAUCUAGCAGCCCUUUUGGCUCGGAAGGAUGCGGAGAUACAGGACUAUCAGGAGAAUGGAGCUGUCCUAAGUAGAGCCAGACUACAGACGGAGCCGUUUGAGGUGCACAAGUACAGGGAGAACUUCUUCACAAAGAUUGUUCCACAGAUGGGUGUGACGCUGGAUAGUUUGGGUUUUGACUCAGAGUUGCAGGCACUGUACAUGGUCGUGAGCUUGGGGAAAACGGGUCCGAAACGAAAACGCUCUCCUGACAGCAGCCCUACGACAGAAGACAACCACGUCUCUGAACAUCACGCACCCGAUCACCAACACGUCACUGGUGUCCCCACAGGUUACUGCUUCACUCACACAGAGCUUAGUACAUGAGCUAAAGGAAUCAUUCCAAACCUGUAUGUCUGUG